GCUGCUGCUACUGGCGGUGUCCGGCUGUGAAGGUGUGCUGUGCUGGUGCUGUCUGCUGACCCCACUCUUGCCAGCCAGCCACCAUGUACUGCAGCACGUUACUGUCACCUGACGCGUGGAAGUGUGAGAAUAAGUUAUAAGGUGUGAAGGAGCAUUCUGGGAAUGAUGGCAGGUGUGGCAGUGAGCUUGGCAGCAGGUGUGUGGUGUCGUGGUGCCCUGGACCCCACGCUUCUGUUGGCGCUGCGACACAGUUGGCCUGGGACUUGCCUGAGGCUGGGCAACAGGAGGGGCCUGGCAGGGGGGCUGUGGGUGCCAGACACUCCUCAUCACAGGGACAGAGCCUUCCUCCAGCCACCAGUCAUUUAUGUUGCAGAGUGUCGCCGAGGCCAGCAUGGGGCCAGGCCGGCAGACACAACCUCACUGCCACCCACUACCAAGCUGGCCAAGAGAACAGCGGCAGCAACGACACCCAAGCUGCAGCCACCAUCCAUGUCUGAAAUUAGGAGACUCUUUGCCCUUGCCAAGCCUGAGCGUUGGACCCUUGCAUAUGCCAUUGGGCUCCUCUCAGUAUCCAGCACCAUCACCAUGUCUGUGCCCUUCGCCCUGGGACACGUCAUUGACCUCAUCUACACAGCCGAUGGGGGCCAGGCCAUGAGUGGCGGUCUGCAGCGCGUGUGUCUGGCCCUUACUGGUGUCUUCCUCACAGGGGCAGCAGCAAACUUUGGCAGGGUGUACCUCAUGAAUGUGGCAGGGCAGCGCAUCACCAAGUCCCUGCGAGUGUCUGUCUUCUCAUCCAUCAUGCACCAGGAGACAGCCUUCUUUGACCACACCAAGACAGGCGAGCUGGUCAACAGACUCUCGGCCGACACUGCGCUUGUCUCCCAGGCCGUCACUGCCAACAUCUCGGAUGGCCUGCGCUCCACCGUCAUGGCCCUGGCUGGUGUGGGCAUGAUGUUCUACAUGUCCCCUGAGCUGGCCAUGGUGGGGCUGUCCAUUGUUCCUCCUGUGGCCCUGUCAGCUGUGUUCUAUGGUCGAUAUGUCAAAAAUAUUACCAGGAAGGUGCAGGACACCUUGGCUGCAGCAACCCAGGUGGCCGAGGAGCGUAUUGGCAACGUGCGGACAGUGCGAGCAUUUGGCAGCGAGGCGAGAGAAGUGGAGAGGUAUCGGGCAAGGGCAGAGGAGGUGUUGCAGAUGACCUAUCGCGAGUCCUUUGCCCGAGGAGUCUUCUUUGGCCUGACUGGGCUCAGUGGCAAUGUAAUCAUCCUGUCUGUGCUGUACUAUGGUGGUGGGCUGGUGACGGACUCAGCCCUCACAGUGGGCCAGCUGUCAUCAUUUCUGCUGUAUGCUGCAUACAUCGGCAUCGCGCUGGGAGGCCUGUCGAGCUUCUACUCUGAGAUGAACCGUGGCCUUGGAGCAUCCACCAGGCUAUUCCAGCUGAUGGACAGAAAACCAGAAAUGCCGACAUCUGGAGGCAUCCAGCUCCCUCCUGAGGCCUUCCGCGGUGAGGUCAACUUCUCAAGCGUGGAUUUUGCUUACCCGACACGACCUGACAUGGCCAUCUUCAAGGGGCUUGACCUCAAUGUGCCAGCAGGCAACGUGGUGGCAGUGGUGGGCUCCAGUGGGUCAGGCAAGAGCACUAUUGGGUCACUGCUGUUGCGUUUGUAUGACCCUCAGGCUGGAGAGGUCACUGUGGAUGGUGUGCCACUGACCCAACUUGAUCCAACAUGGCUGAGGUCAAUGAUCGGUUCUGUCAGCCAGGAGCCAGUUUUGUUCUCCACAACUAUCCGAGAAAACCUGCUGUAUGGAGUGGAGGAGACUGAGGCAGUGACGGAGGAGGUCCUUCUGGCAGCAGUAAAGGAGGCCAAUGCUCUGGGCUUUGUGCAGUCCUUCCCGGCUGGCCUGGACACGCUGGUAGGGGAGCGCGGCAUCAUGCUCUCCGGCGGGCAGAAGCAGCGCAUUGCCAUUGCCCGUGCCCUCAUCACCAACCCACGCAUCCUCCUCCUUGACGAGGCCACCAGUGCCCUGGACGCAGAGAGUGAGAAUCUGGUGCAGGCAGCACUGGAGAGACUCAUGGAAGGCCGCACUGUCAUUAUCAUUGCCCACCGACUCUCCACCAUCAAGAAUGCCAACCAGAUAGCAGUGUUAGACAAUGGGGUGGUGGUGGAGCUGGGGUCCUAUUCCCAACUCAUGGCUCUCACAGAUGGAAUGUUCCGCAAGUUGGUGGAGUGGCAGACUAUCACCAGCUGAGCCUGCCACAUGCCAGCCCUUUUAUUCUCAGCAGUGGUAACAAGAUGUGCCGGUGCCCCAUCAUGUGUAGAGGAAGGCAUGAGGCUUGGCAUGGGGUGUAGUGUGGGGAUGUAGCCCCAUAGAAACAUGUACAAUUUGGAGUGUAUUUACCCAGCCGUUGAGUAGCACACGGCAGGUGAGGAGGCUCCAUGUGUGUCCCAUGUCCCGUGUGCCUGUGCUUGGAUUGGAAUGAGUGAUUUAGUGACAGCUGCUGAGGCAAGUGUGUGACAGAUGUUUAGUUUUGCUGUUUGUGUGUGAGGAGACAAAAGACCUUGCAAUGAGGGGUUAGGUAAUGACAUGACACCUCUACUUCAGGACUGAAUGGCACAAAACUAUCAAAACUUCAGGCACUUCAAGCUAAUUCAGUACAUGUUGUGUAUAAAAGUUAGCAGUUAGUAUAAUAAAUUAGAUUUUAU